UGCCGAGCUCGCCACAGAUCGCAGGUCCUCAGCUGUAGCCUACAGUGUGAUGUAACAGGAAGUAGUGGGUUGCCUUCCAACGUCAACCUGACAGCCGUCUGAGCUGCGCUCAUUGAGCGCCGGAGGUCCACCGUGUCCAGUUCUCUGCGCUGAAGCCGAGGAGGAAAAGACGCUUUGGGGGACUGCUCUGAGAGUUUAUUGCGGUUCCUGCCUCUGCGCUCCGGGUGGAUUUUACUCUGUGGUCUGCAGUUUGUAAAUCAUCGUCCAGCUCUGAAAUGGCUGACAGGAAGUUGGAUGGCUUUGGACAGAUUUGGAUGGUAGCGCUUAUACUGCUGUGUAAUCCAGCAGCGUUUAUGGUGAAGGCAAGUCUGGCGAUCAAUGAAACCCAGCAGCAGGCUUCAACCAGUGUCUACAAUGACAUUACGGUCACCAGGAACAAGAUAGUCACAGCCCAGUUUGAGUGCUAUCAAAAGUUAAUGAAAGAAAAUACCCACAGCAGACAAGAACCUGUGUGCAAUCGCACGUGGGAUGGCUGGCUUUGCUGGGAUGACACCAAAGCAGGAGUUACAUCCGAGCAGCACUGCCCGGACUACUUCCAGGAUUUUGAUCCAUCAGAGAUGGUCACAAAGAUUUGCACUGACAGUGGUCAAUGGUUUCUGCAUCCGGAGAGCAACAGGACAUGGACCAACUACACCCGCUGCAAUGAGCACACUGUAGAAGGCAGAAUGACUGCAAUGAACCUUUUCUACCUUGCCCUCAUAGGACAUGGGCUGUCUCUGACUUCCCUCCUCAUCUCCCUAGCAAUUUUUUUCCAUUUCAAGAGUUUGAGCUGUCAAAGGAUCACCCUUCAUAAGAACCUCUUCUUCUCUUUUGUUCUGAACUCUGUGAUCACCAUCAUUUUGCUGACUGCAGUGGCCAACAACCAGGAGCUCGUGCAGAGGAAUCCAACAAGCUGUAAAGUGUCCCAGUUUAUUCACCUGUACCUGUUUGGCUGUAAUUACUUCUGGAUGCUGUGUGAGGGGAUAUAUUUGCACACUCUCAUCGUGGUGGCAGUGUUUGCUGAGAAGCAGCAUCUGAUGUGGUACUAUCUCCUAGGAUGGGGCUUUCCUCUUAUCCCAGCCACCAUACAUGCCGUCGCUCGGAGCUACUACUACAACGACAACUGCUGGAUUAGCUCAAAAACAUCACUGCUCUACAUCAUCCACGGCCCCAUCUGUGCUGCUCUUUUGGUUAAUUUGUUCUUUCUACUCAACAUCGUGCGAGUUCUCAUCACCAAACUGAAGGUGACCCAUCAAGCAGAAUCAAGUCUGUACAUGAAAGCCGUGAGAGCCACGCUCAUCCUGGUCCCUCUGCUUGGAAUUCAGUACGUCCUGCUUCCCUACAAGCCAGAGGGACGGGUCUCUUCGGAAAUAUAUGACUACAUCAUGCACAUACUCAUGCAUUACCAGGGUCUGCUUGUGGCCACCAUCUUCUGCUUUUUCAAUGGAGAAGUCCAAGCUGUUCUGAGGCGGCACUGGAACCAGUAUCAUAUCCAGUUUGGCAGCAGCAUAGGAAACCACUCGGAUGCCCUGCGCUCAGCUUCCUACACAGCUUCCUCCAUCACUGAGGUACAGGGCUGCUACAGCAUCGACGGUCACUCGGAACACAUGAACGGCAAAGGCUGCCACGACUCAGAUGCCUCCAUACUCAAGUCAGACAGCCCCUUCGCCUGACACAAACAGUGCUCUCAGACUCUGUCCAUCCCACCAUCACCCUUAAAAUCUGCCACAUGCUUGGAGCUCGCCAUCCAGGAAAACUGGCCACUUCCCAUAGAUACAUAGAGGAAAACGAGUGAGGGGGAAAAAGGAUUGUCCAUCCGGGCUGUCAUGCAUCUGAAGGAAAUUAUGACUUCUUAUCCACACCAACACAGGUCCUUUAACUGUACUGUACGGUGAGCUUGAUACAGCUACUCCUGCGCUGUGCUUUGUCUACAAUUUGCAUCUGAACUGCUUUACUUGGACUACGAUGCUUUCAGAUCUUUCAGCCUGACUAAAUCAUUUUUAAAUCAAUAAUUACUGACUGCUUGAUUAUCCUCCCGGGUUCAUGUUGUGCACAAAAGGCCUUUGGUUACACUGUAAAUUCUUUUGACACAGUUAGUGCCAAACCAAGAAAUCUUGCCUGCCUCAUUUAUUUUUUUCAUUAUCAAUAAUGAAUCAGAUAGGACGUCUAACAUGUGCAUAUUGAAGUAUUAAACAUAUCUGUAUCUUUCACAUGUUAAACUUAAUUUAUCAACAUAUUCUUGUUUAUUAAAUGAAAAUGGAUUAAAUAUCAUACAGUAUUUAUGAAAGGUUUAUAUGUUACAUGUUUGUUUUUUUUAUUUUCAAAAUUAAAUACUGAUAUAACUUGCCAGCA